AUGAAAUUCGAUGAUGUAAAACUAAUUUUCUAUCAACAUAUUCAUCGACGUUAUCAUCGACAUUGUCGAGAAUUGUUUGCUCAAUUAAUAUGUUUGCAUUUAAAUAUUAAACCAGCUUACCUAUUCGAUUUAUUUUCAUUUUCAAUUCAAGAAAUGAGAAAUUUAUUAGCUAGUCUUUCAAGUUAUCUAUCUUUUCGUUCAAUUAUUCUGAAAUAUUCAUUAAAUGAUCUUGUCAUUAUGAAUAGUUCUCAGUUAACCAAAUUAAUAGAUCCAUCUACGUCAGUUCUUAUCAUUGAUUUGGAUACAAUGCUGACAACCGAUCAUCAUCCGGUGUUAGAUAAAGUUAGAUCUCAUCUCUCUUGGAUCAAUACUCGACAACAUGAACAGCUCGAUUUCGAUAAUGAAACCAAUGAAGAAUGGUCUAAUUUAAUUCAAUCUUUAAAUCAUACAACUGUUUUUGGUUAUGUUCUUGGAUAUCCAUUGAUUUAUUUUUAUUUAUCAACUCCAGAAAUGAAUAUCACUACAUUAAGAAAUUUUCGUUUAUAUGUUAAAAUUAAUGAUCACACUGAUGAAAUUUUACUAUAUUCAUUUUCAUGUCCAAUUCAUACAAAUAUCAAUGAUAAACAAAUAGACUCUAUUGUUAGUGAUUUCUUUUCGUCUUUAUCUGCUAUCAUGAAUCAAAAUCAAAAGAUAAAAAAUUAUCGUCUAGAUACUCAAAUCAAAGAACAAUCAAGUUGGUGUCUCUAA